CAGUCGUCUGCCAGUUUCCACAUGUGAAUGCAUAUAUAUAUAUGGAGCACACAGACCAGAACAACUGACGAAGGUGUCUACGCCUACCUGUAUCAAACAACAAUGUCUAUUUGCUGCUCUUAUCUCCGCAACGAAUUCAGGUUGAAGAAGUUUUGGUUAAGUGAUGUCCACUCUGCCAGAUUUGCAACGUUUCAGUGGCGCCUGCCUCCGAUUGUGUACCUCCUAUACCGCCUGGUCAUUGCUGUAUACGCAGACUUCUGGCUGAUCUACACAGCUGUGGAAUAUGGAUCAGUGGCACCUGGGAAUGGCUUGUAUGCCUGGCCAGUUUAUCUCACUAACUGGACCUACACAAUGUUGUGUCUAUACCUCACACUGCAUGCACUGACCACUUUAUUCUUCCUUUGCACAAGUCCAGCAAUUCUCUGGUGGAGGAGGUUGCCAGUUAGUCAACACUGUGCCUUAUUCACAGAGCUAGAGGUACACCCUAGUCUGUGGGGCGACGACUAUGAGCCUAUCCCCAGCCAUGAUAACGAGGACGGAGAGCUUACAUACGGAGAAACAUCCACGAGAAGCAACCUCAUGCCUUUUUAUUUUAAGCUGGUAUGGGUCCUGUUGAAUAUCAUGUCAUCGUGCUCAGUAAUGGUGACCCUUAUAUUUUUUAUCUUUCUUUGGCCACAAAUGAACACUGACAACCAACCCAUAGACCUGGGCAAUUUGCAGCUGCAUGGGAUUAACUCUGUAAUCGUGUUCUUGGAGUGUCUAUUGACAGCAGCACCCGUACACUUACUGCAUUUUGUGUUUCCCUUGACAUAUGGAAUAGUAUACCUCGUGUUUACAGCCAUCUUCUACGGUGCUGGGAACAAGGAUCCAAUCUACCCAGAAGUUUUGGACUGGAACUCGGACAAAGUUGGUCAGACUAUGAUCAUGGUUCUUGUUGUCGGCUUUGUGAUACUGCCGCUAUUACAGGUCUUUUUUUUCAUCAUCUACAGACUUAAGCUGUGGCUGUAUGGCUGGAUUUCCUCAAGGUCAAGUGAUUAAUGCACGACAAACAGCUUGCACUAACCAAUUGUUCUCAGAAGUAUUUUUCCUAUUAUACAUUGUGUAUAUGUGUAACAUUUUUUAAGAAGGAAUUGGGUCAGUGUUGACAACUUUGAGUCAUUGAUUCAGAAUAUGUAACCUUUACAAAACCUUAAUAUAUGACCAGAAAAUAGAAAAGGGGUUUUAGAUCUAGAGAAAUCAAAAUUGUAAAAUAUAAAUUUACAUACAAAUCAGUACAAAAUGUAUUAAGUAUAUCCCAGUACCACUGCCAGAAACUGUAACUGUGUGUUAAUGGAAACAGGUUUUUACCUGAUGACUUCGUUUUGAUAAACCAUUUCCGAAAAGAAAACCAUAUCUUACAGGACUUUUAUGAGAAAUAAUAUGGAUGAAAUAAAUAUAAUAUAAUCAACAACAGUGCCGCUAGUCGGGAAAUCAAACACUGCGACUUCAGAUUGCUAAGCUAUUGCUGUAACUGAUUGAGCUACCUGUUCUAUUGCUGUAACCGAUUGAGCUACCUGUUCAACUGCAGUUAGACAGGGAUCCUUCAUAUAUUUUUGUGCCCAGGUUAUAUAUAUAAUUAACCCUUUCAACACUGAAGACCAUAAUGGACUCAUCCAGAUCAAUGCAUGGUGGAGUCUACUAAAGUUACGUAGGGUUGAAAGGGUUAAGGUACAGACACAUGAAGAAACAUCUUUCUGUAUACAUACAUGUCAACAGAAGGAUUUUAAUAUAUAUACAUAUCUUUAUAAAAUGUACAUAGCUACCAUUGAAAAUAUUAAAUCUAAAUCAAAUUUACUCCAUAAUGUAAUUCCAUUUACCUCCCUUUGUGUAUAAUUUUACAUCACCCAGUCAAUGUCAAUCAGUCAUGAUAUAUUGUCAUUGUUACUUUGUUUUAAAAGAAACUUGAAAGUGCUAAUGCAGCAACAAAUUUGUUACUUAUUCAUCUCUCUUUUUUAUACAUACAUACAUGUAUUUUGUACCAAUAUGUUGACCAGAAAAACACCUGUAUUCAUUUAAAUUUAUACAAUUACAGUAUCUCUAGCUACAAUCUAUAAAUUUCGUUUGUAUUAGAAUGAUAAUAAUAUUUUUGAAAAUUUUACUUGCAUUUUAAUAUAAGGAGUUAUUUCCUUGUAAAUAAAUCUGGCAUAGAUACUAUGUGUAGGUAAAAUAACAGUUCCAUUUUUUUGUAUUUAUAAUUGUAUAUGUCCAUAUCAUUGUGUUCGUAAACAAGUUUUUAUACAAAUCUUACAAAUUCAUUUAUCAGGGUUUUUAAAGGUAAAAACAAUUAUUAAACCUUUUUUAUUCUAUUGUCAUGCAUGUUAAUGCAAAAGUGUUUCCGAUCAUCCUAGACCAAAUUCACAUUUCAUUUUUUUGAUGAAGUUAAUCUCAUUCAAUCAUCAGUGCACAAAUAUGUUAUACUAUUAGCAAGUCAUACAUAUUUUUUUGUGUUUUUAAUGAUUAUUAGUCUUUCUUAAGUCUCUCUAUGCCAAGAAAUGAUGAUGUUUAGCUAAUAGACUUGAAAGCCUAGCAUUAAGCUUGUGUGCAAUUAAUUUAAUCAAAUAUAAGUCACAUUAGAUAUGAUUUACAUUAUCACUGUUUCCCUGGUGCUACUUAAUUAAAGUUACAUAAGUAAAGUGUUUCAAAACACUUUUUAUGUAAUUAGCAAACAGAAGUGAAUGCAAAAUUUUAAAAUGUUGAUGAUGUGUGUCUAUCCAGGUUCCUACUAAUUAUGUCUUUUUCUCUUCCAAAAAGGUUAUCGAGAUAAUAACAUGGCCUAGGCUACACAACAGAUAAGUUAAUAAGCUAAAUACUCAUACUUGGCCUACAUAGAAUGUCCGGUCCAGUGAUGUUAUUUAUACAGCUGAACAAAGUCAACAUUGGUUAUUUAGUAUUUUACAUUUUAUCUCGGUAAGAAUAUAUAUAUACAUAAUUAUGAACUAGUUUACAUGUACUAAAACAUGAUGUCAACAGUCAUGAUAUCAAACUCAGAAUACAUUUCAUUUCAACAUUUGUCUACCCAUAGAGAUGAAUUUAAAGAGGACCACCUACUCCCAGGUUUAAAAUAAAUGUAUUUAGUACAUUAUGGUUUUUCCAAAGAAGAAACUAAUUAUAUGUUUCUAUAAAUAUUAUAUAAUUGUUUUGGUCUCAUUUUCUGUGAGUUUGUCUCUAAUGCCCCUUUUAAGGUCUCCAAAUGUUGCAGCGCUCAAUGUUGUUCAACAAUAUAUACCCCAACUGAUCUUAUACGCAUUGUAUAAGUACAUGUAUUCGGGUAUGGCUUUUACAUGUACUUUAAUAAAUAUCAUUCAAAAAUUCUUAUGAAAAAAUAUUGAAAGCGACUUACUUAUUGUAAUAAGACAAAAUAUUAAUAAUUUUGACAACAACUAUAUAAAUGACACUAUAAACUCUAGAAACUUUAAUUAAUAUGAUUUCCUUGCCAUUUCGAGAGUACAUAAUUAUAUACCAUGGUAUAUAAGGCGUAUAUAUAUAUAUGUACAGCUUCAUUAUAGAUUGGAAUUAUACAUAUUUUCAUUCCAGUUGUUUAACUUAGGAUUGGUCAGGUAAAAGGAACAGUGCAUUCCAAAUUAUGUUGUCUCACAUGUAAUUUUAAUAAUCAAAUAGAAAAAAGGAACCAUUUUUCCGAAGUUACAUAUACAUGCUGCAGUACAUGUAUAUGA